AUGGCAGAGAAGCUAGGCAUUGCUGGAGCCUUGCAGCGCCCUACUACUUCAAUCAUCUUUGGAGAUGCAACUACUAAGUCUCCUCUUGGAGUGUUCAAGAAUUAUCACUUGAAAAUUGGAGAAUGCAUCAUCCAAACUGAUCUCACUGUGAUGGAAAUGGAAGAAGAGAAGGAUUUGCCUUGCUAUUGGGAACCCCUUUCCUUACCUAGAGGUUCACACUUUUGUGCCACAAUUGACAGUACCAAUCUCAGUUCUAAGAGUCAUGGAGCUACAAAGGUUGUGAAGGAAAGGGUUGACAAGGAACCAAGAGUUGGGAAGGAUAAGGAUGAGAGAGGACCAAGGAUUGAGAAGCCACGUCUUGAGAGGGCUAGAGUUGAGAAACCACGAUCUGAUAGGCCAAGAGCUGAGCGACUUGUUCAAGCCCCUUGUGUGCUUGAUGAAGAGAGCCUUCAAGCUUUGUUUGAUGAGCCACUAGGAAGGGCUCUACAAGAAGGGGAGGAUGCAGCCUCUAAGGCAAGACCAGGAGAUAAAAGAAAGGAUCCACCAGCUCAGGCCCCUUCAGUCAAGCCAUCUCAGCUCACAAUGACUUUGUUCCCCACCAAGUUUGAAAAUGGGAAGAUUGAGUACAAGAUAAGGUACAAGGGGAGAUCAAGGCCAUUCUCUAGAGCCAAGGCCAUAGUGACUUCAGAACAGUCCAGGGACCCAACCAAGCUAAAGGAGCUUCUGUCUCAAGUCCUCACUAUCACCCUUGAUGGUGGGACUAGCUCAACCAAUGCCUAA